CUUUGCAUUAAUCAUCAUACAUCAAACAUAUACACAAAAGAGCACUGACCAAACCAUUUUAUUUUAUUUUUGAAUCAAGGGUGAGGGCCUUCCAUGGCUUCCGCUUGUGCUUCCUCUGCAAUUACAGCUGUUGCCAUCUCUACGCCGAGUUCCGGGCAGAAGAAUGGAUCAGGAGGUUGUUUUCUUAGUGGAAGGAAAUUGAGGGUGAAAAAGGAGAGAGCAGCAAUUGGAGGACGAUCGAUGGGCACUACAGUGUGCGCAGUUGCUGAGCCUGACAGACCUCUAUGGUUCCCAGGCAGCACCCCUCCUCCAUGGCUUGAUGGCACUCUACCUGGAGACUUCGGCUUUGACCCUCUUGGUCUUGGAUCUGACCCGGAGAGUCUGAGAUGGAAUGUUCAGGCAGAGCUAGUGCACUGCAGAUGGGCAAUGUUGGGUGCUGCUGGCAUUUUCAUUCCAGAAUUCCUAACAAAGAUUGGUGUCUUGAACACUCCUUCAUGGUACUCAGCUGGAGAGCUGGAAUACUUCACGGACACUACUACCCUCUUCAUAGUUGAGCUCUUUUUCAUUGGCUGGGCCGAGGGUAGAAGAUGGGCUGACAUAAUCAAGCCAGGCUGUGUCAACACUGACCCCAUCUUUCCCAACAACAAGCUCACCGGAACCGAUGUGGGUUACCCUGGUGGCCUUUGGUUUGACCCCCUUGGUUGGGGAACCGGUUCUCCUCAGAAGAUCAAGGACUUGAGAACUAAGGAGAUCAAGAAUGGCAGACUGGCCAUGCUUGCUGUCAUGGGUGCAUGGUUCCAGCACAUCUACACUGCCACCGGUCCUAUUGACAACCUCUUUGCCCACCUUGCAGAUCCUGGCCAUGCUACCAUUUUUGCUGCUUUCACCCCUAAGUGAAAAGGCUAAGAUCAACAAUCAGAUUACCAGCUGUUUGGGAUGAGAGGAGUGUUUAUAUAUGUCUGUAGAAAUUAAGCUUGUAAUAUGGCUACUUCUAUGUCAUAUAUGCACAUAAUAUCAUAAUCCAACGUGCCGACACCUAUUUAAGUUUUAGAUGCCAUGAAUGUAAGUUCAGGUAAUAAUCCCAUUUGUGCAUAAGAUCAUAA